CAUGCACCCCACUUCUCUGCUCCAGCUCCCUCCUUUCUCUUCCGUGAUGUCACUGCUGGGAGAAGACAAACAGGGAGUAACUCUUCACUUUUGGCCAACUUCAGUUUCCUUAUUGAUGCCAUGACAGCAUCUUUAUUUAGGAAAUUCCAUUUUCCUCCCUACACCCCCAACCUCUGUCCCAAGCCCCAGAGUCCCUAUAAAGAGGGGUUCCCAACUCAGACCAGCACAACACUCAGCCAGCUUCUGAAGCUUCUGGGCUCUGCAGUCUCAGCUCUGUCCAGACCCCUCCUGCAGCAACACCAUGAAGCUCUGCGCAUAUACCCUCUCUCUCCUCCUGUUUGCAGCUGCCUUCUGCACUCCAGCGCUCUCAGCACCAAUGGGCUCUGACCCUCCCACUUCCUGCUGCUUUUCUUACACCUCUUCGAAGCUCCCUCGCAAAUUUGUGAUAGACUACUAUGAGACCAGCAGCCUCUGCUCCAAACCAGCUGUGGUAUUCCUGACCAGAAAAGGCAAACAAGUCUGUGCUGACCCCAGCCUGCCCUGGGUCAAUGAGUACGUGAAUGACUUGGAGAUGAACUGAGCUGCAGGAGGAGCCUCGUCAGGGAGGGUCUCCUGAGCCCCGACACUCUCCGUGGAGAAGUCCCUUGCUCCUUCCAUUAAGAAUUCCUGUCCCAAUUCUUAAUUUAAAUCUUCACAGAGACUGUUAUUUUAGUUGAUGUUAUUUCUUCUAUUUAUAUUUAGUUGAAGCACAUGCGUCUCCCAUGGAGAUGGUCCACCUAUUCUGUUUCUCUGC